AUGGCGGUUUUGUCUCCUCCAACUCUCUCGCCAUUGCUUCUCAACACUAAGUCAGAUUUCGGGUCACCACCAUCGUAUCCUCUUCUCACCUUCUUCUCCACACCCACCACUCGCUCCUCUUCAUCCCUCUCCGUCUCUUACACUAAAUCCGAAAAUGGGUUGGCCAGUGAGGAGAAAAGAAUUUUGCUUGAGCGUUAUGGCUACGAUGUUGAUGCUGAUGAAUACUUUUCUCACUCGUCUUCUAAGUCCAAGAGGAGAAAGGAGCCUCUAAAAAGAAGAGGAGGGAAGCAAGAACAGGACCCACCAGGGGACCCCAAGCCUCCUCGUACUACCCAUAAAUUGCUUCAGGUUCUUGGAGGAACAGCUCGAAGAGUAAAGUUACUCUCACCAAAGGGCAUGGAUGUACGCCCCAUGAUGGAAGUGGUGAAAGGUGCAGCCUUUGAUAUAUUACAGGCAGCUGGUGGCUGUCCUGCAGCGUUGAGACCUGGCCGGUGGUUAGAUUUGUAUAGUGGCACAGGUUCUGUUGGAAUUGAAGCACUUAGCCGAGGAUGUUCUGAGGUGCAUUUUGUUGAGAUGGAUCCUUGGGUUGUAUCAGAUGUUUUACGUCCAAACUUAGAGGAAACUGGAUUCCUUGAUGCUUCAGUCAUACACACUGUCCGUGUGGAAAAAUUCUUUGAACGUGCAGAGCAAUUUGUAGGCAUGUGUAACAGUGGCCCAUUUGAUUACAUUAGUGUCACCCCUCCAUAUACACAAGUUGACUAUGAGGUGCUGAUGAGGCAAAUAUCAGAAUCAUCCUUGAUUGGAGAUAACACGUUUAUCGUAGUUGAGUAUCCUUUAAAAACUGACAUGCUAGAUUCUUGUGGAAGCCUUGUGAAGGCGGUUUGGCCGGACGCUCUUGGCAAUUUAUGGACCAACAUGGUCCCAGAAGAAGAGGAGAUGACACAUUCAAAUGCCACAGUUGCAGUACAGGCUAAAAAACAUGCUGGUGCAAGAUUUUAUCUGCUACAGGGGUGA